AGGCCACUUCCGGUUUGGUUCAUAGGAUCCUCCCCCUCGUUCCCGGAAGAAGAAGGGUGGUGUUGCCAUGGCGGCGUCUCUGGGGCAAGUGCUGGCCCUGGUGCUGGUAGCCGCCUUGUGGGGUGGCACGCAGCCGCUGCUGAAGCGGGCCUCCUCUGGCCUGCAGCAGGUUCAGGAGCGGACCUGGGCCCGACAGUUGCUGCAGGAGAUGAAGACCCUUUUCUUGAAUACUGAGUACCUGAUGCCCUUUCUGCUCAACCAGAGUGGCUCCCUUCUCUACUACCUCACCUUGGCAUCGACAGAUCUGACUCUGGCUGUGCCCAUCUGUAACUCUCUGGCCAUUGUCUUCACGUUGAUUGUUGGGAAGCUCCUUGGAGAAGAUGUUGGUGGAAAACGAGAAGUUGCUGGCAUGGUGCUCACUGUGACAGGAAUUACACUCUGCAUUACCAGCUCAGUGAGCAAGACCCAGGGGCAACCAUCUACCCUUUGAAUGGACCGACCCCACCUCCACCUCUGCUGUCUCCAGGAAGCCCCUGGGCCAUGAGGCGCAGGCAGUGAGCAGAUACAGACCAGCACUUGCCCUCUUUGAGCCCAGCUUCCUCAUCUCUUCUGAAGAGAAGAGCUACCUCAUCCAUCACAGUAAGAGAAGAGCAAUGAUGGGGUUUUGUAUCCUUCAAGUGGUGUUCAGCUGCUGGGAUUUAGCCCAGGAAACUUUACUCACUCUCAACAGCCUCUCUGCCCAGCAGCUUCUUGCAGACAUCUCAGACCACCAUCACCCAGCCACUAUUAACCUGGCCUGCUCCAGCCUAUCAGGGUGGCGGCUUCCACAGAGUGCAAAGCCCACCUGCAUGGAAAGGGCCAUCUGUAGUUUCUGAGUCAGAAAUGGGACCCAGACACCUUUAGGACUUAGUCAGGGUGCCUUAGCUGACUGAGGGGUGGAACUGUGGGCGAGACAGUGUGUCAAAAUGGCAGGUAGGAGAAACGAGCUGUCUGUUCUCCUCGAGGUAGGUGAAAAUACUCAACUGUCAACCCCUCAGACAGACAGCUGUGAGUCCCAGGACCAUGUAAUUAAUGUAGCACCAGUGUCACAUCUGGCCAGUAACAGGCUUCAAUAAAUCUGCACUGAACAGACUU